GCCGCGCUCACCGGCAGUCUGGCGUGCAGCGGGGGCCGGCUCGCCGCGCAGGCCGGGUUUGCGGACAGUGUUUCCCGAGAGGAGGAGGAGGAGGCCGGGGCUGUGCUGAGAUGUCUGUGCGCGCUGGGGCAUUGUCACUGCGGCUACAUGGCUCGUCGUUCUCCGCCUUGCCGGGGCGGCAGGCCUCGCAGCUCCCACCGGCGCCGGUGACGUUGGCCCAGCGUGUCCUGCGCGGCUCAGAGCGGUCCCGUUCCCGCACCGCCCCUCCCCCGCCCGCCGUCCCUCGGCCCCGUCUGGUGUCUGCUUCACGGCCGUCUUUCGCCCCGGCGGCUCCGGUCGCACCGCCGUGGCGCAGUGGAGACGAGGACGUGAAGGGAGGCGGAGGGGCAGCAUCUUCGGCGCACGGACCACUUGUGCCGCGAAGGCUCUGCCUGCUGCCCUCACACCCCCUCUGGCCUGCCAGCUCACAGCGAACAGCUCUUGACCCGAGACUACCUAAACUACACCGGGAGUGCCAGGAACAGCCGUCUCUUAACGUCUAGACUCCCGGAAGUAUGGAAGCGGAGGCGAACGCGUUCCGUGUGGAAUUCCCGGACUUCUCCUGCUCCGUCCUGCAGAAGCUGAACCAGCAGCGGCAGCUGGGCCAGCUGUGCGACAUCACGGUGGUGGUGCAGGGCCGCCGGUUCCGCGCGCACCGCGCCGUGCUGGCCGCCAGCUCGCCCUACUUCUGCGACCAGGUGCUGCUGAAGAACAGCCUGCGCGUCACGCUGCCCGACGUCAUGCCCCCCGCCGUCUUCGAGAGCCUGCUGCUGUCCUGCUACACCGGCGCGCUGCUGCUGCCCGCCGCCGACGUCGUGGCCUUCCUGACGGCCGCCAGCUUCCUGCAGAUGUGGCACGUGGUGGACAAGUGCACCGAGCUGCUGGAGGGCAACCCGGCGGUGCUGUGCCAGCGCUCCUGCCCCGGCAGCGCCCUCCCCUCGCCCCGCAGCGGCGCCGGCGACUGCGCGGACUGCGAGGCGGAGCCCCCCGCCGAGGAGGGCCCCCGGCCGCUGUACGUCCCGCCCAGCAUCAUGUGCCACCGGAGGUGGGUGCAGGUCAAGGCGGAGAAGCCCGAGCCGGAGACAGGGCGGACGGCGCUGUUGUCCGCCGUCUGGCUCUCGGACAGGUCCGUGGGAAGGAGCCGUCGAGGCCUGGAGCGUCAGGAGCAGGUUGUCGGUGUAACAGUGGGGCCGGAGGCUGUAGUCCAGCUCCAGCCCCUGCACACCCCCGACACGCCGCUGGACCUGGCCUCGCAGCGAGAGACGGACAAAACGCAGAGCUCGUCACCUCCUGAGGUCGAGGCAGCGCUGCGCACCGGCCCACAGACCGAGCCUCUGCACUGCAAUCGACAAAAACACAUUGAGAGGAGCUGGAGGAGGAACAGCAGCCGACGGCUGGGGGUAGAUGCGGGAGGCCUGGAGCUACGCGAGCCGCUCGGGGGAAAUGGGCGACAUUUGAUCGGGGGGCAGAGCUCGGGCUCCCCGUCCCGGGACAGCAGCCCGCAGGGGUCCGGGUCCGGCGCCGGGCUCUCAGCCGGGGUGUCUGGUUCACACUUCGCGAAAGUAGCUGGAGCAGGACGGGGCUCGGCGGUGUUCGUUCGGCUUCUACCCGGCGGUUCUCGGUGCGGUCCAGCCCACUUGUGCGCACAGCCCACCAGCGUGCUGUCGUGCCAGACCCCCGCGCCGAUAGCCAGCAUAGGCGCCGCUAAAACAACAGCGAGAGGAGUCGGCUUCUUCUCAGAAAAGACGCCGCCGCGGUCGGGGUUCCUCUUGACACGCUGUCAGAAAAUCAGCUCCGAGCAGUUUUCGUCGUGGCUGGGACGCUCUGGGAGACCUGAGCGGGCGGCGGUAACGUGUCCGCCCCGCUGGAGUCUGCUGCUGGCUCUCUCGGCGGUCCGGGCGCCGGGAAAUGAAAUGCCACUUUCGGCUCAAGUUCCCGGCAGCGCCGGGGCGUCCUUCAUUUCCUCAGGAGAGUGCGUGGCGUCUGGCGGAGGUACAGUAGGGAUGGCUCGGGGCGCUGGGGUGGAAAUGCGGCAGCGCAGGAGAGUAUGGCGAUGGAAAACGCAGGGAGGGGUCGCCCCCUCGUCUUCCUCGGCUGCCCCCCCCAAGACCGCCUCCUCGAGCAGUGCUACUUUUUCUGAAAGGCAGGGGGCAUCGAAGGCUGGGGUCGCAGGGGGCUGGCAAGGCGGUGGUUUUGCAAGCGGCACUGAGCGCCUGCGAGCCCUUUACCUGCGGGAGCGAUCUCGCCCCGUCAGGCUGUCGAAACGCAAAACAAUCAGAGAACCGCUUCGAGAGAUGGACGACGGCAGCAGCUUCAUAGAAUUCGACGUGCCGGAGUUCAGCAGCACGGUCCUGAGCCAGCUGAACGAGCUGCGCCUGCAGGGCAAGCUAUGUGACAUCAUCGUGCACAUCCAGGGCCAGCCCUUCCGGGCCCACAAGGCCGUGCUGGCCGCCAGCUCGCCCUACUUCCGCGACCACUCGGCCCUCAGCACCAUGAGCGGGCUCUCCAUCUCCGUCAUCAAGAGCCCCGACGUCUUCGAGCAGCUGCUGUCCUUCUGCUACACGGGCCGGAUGUCCCUGCAGCUCAAGGACGUCAUCAGCUUCCUGACGGCGGCCAGCUUCCUGCAGAUGCAGGCGGUCAUCGACAAGUGCACCCAGAUCCUGGAGGGCAUCCACUCCAAGAUCAGCCUGCCGGGCCCCGCCGACGCCGCGCUGGGCGCCCGGGAGGGCCUCCGGGCCCGGAGCAACGGCGUGAAGGACGGCCACCUCUUCGUCAACCCCCUGGAGAUCUCCCCCCCCUGCUUCCCCCGCGGCGGCGGCGGCGGCGGCUUCGAGGGCGACCUGCAGGAGAGGAGCUUGCAGGGCCAGUGGUACCCCUACAACGAGCGGCUCAUCUGCAUCUACUGCGGCAAGUCCUUCAACCAGAAGGGCAGCCUGGACCGGCACAUGCGGCUGCACAUGGGCAUCACGCCCUUCGUCUGCAAGUUCUGCGGCAAGAAGUACACGCGCAAGGACCAGCUGGAGUACCACAUCCGCGGGCACACGGACAACAAGCCAUUCCGCUGCGAGAUCUGCGGGAAGUGCUUCCCCUUCCAGGGCACCCUGAACCAGCACCUGCGCAAGAAGCACAUGGGGCUGGCGGACGCGCGCAACCACCUGGAGUCCCCCGAGAGAACAGAGGGCGCUGCGGAGCAGAGGGACCCCGACGAGCCCCUGGCGGCGGACUUCGGCGCGCCGGGCGGGGGCGGCGAGGACCAGGAGGAGGCCGACCGGUGCAGCCCGGCGGAGGCCCAGGCGUCCAGAUGUGAUUUCUAGUUCGUUCUUGUCGUUUUGUUUUUUGUUGUUGUUGUGUCGCGCUUUCAGAUUUUUUUCCCCCCCGUAACGGAGCUUUAAUGAUUUUGGUUUUGAAAGUUUCCUCUCGUGUACUUCCACGGAUUUAUUGGGAAACUCCAAAAGGAGGAGGAGGAGGAGUGCUGGGCAGGUGUGCUGUCCGGGGUCGCGCCACGGCGUUUCCCCCUUCGACGUUCCGUGUUCCCGUGUCCGAGGCGUGUGGACACGCUGCAAUAAAGCGGGAGCCCCGAUAGCAGACCUCCGCGGAGCUCCGGCGUGGGCACGAGGCCGAGAGGGGCGGGAGCAUCUCGACAAGGAGUCGUUUCCAGCGGCGCGGCGCCGCGUGCGGAGUCCACCCGUUCGAUACCUCAGUCUCCAGAGCACACACACCACAGGACAGUAUUUCCCUUCAGGACCCGUCGGGCUCGUCCUCACAGCUAAGGGCCCGACGGGGGCCCCUGGGCAAGCUUUCCGUCCGCACCGGGCCUCGCCGCGCCCGCUGGAGUGCUCCCUGUUCCUCUCGCGGACUGCUCCCGGCUCUCCGGGCUCUCCGGCUCUCCGCACGGCAGCGCAGGAGGGGGGGCGGGAGGUAGAGAGUCGUAGGCUUGCAUGAUUUGACGGUGUGGAUUUUCGCCCCAUUGUUUGUCUUGGCUAAACGCGGUGUGGUGCUGGUGUUUUUUUAUUUUAUUUACAGGAAGUAGCACUUACGGUGGAAGCCGCUGGCCUUCUCUCCAUCAGGCCUGCCCUGUCUGUGCUAGAGGAGCGAGCUGUAACCUGCGAGCUGGGCGGAGAUUUUCGUUUUGCUUUUCCUUGAUGGCGAAAAGUCCUGCAGAGCCGUGGGCUGUGGGCAGCAAGGCCGUGCCGGGCUUUUCCGAUUCAGCCGUGAAGCAGAGUGGGCUGGAAGAGGAAGAAUUAGAUUCUCCCAGUAGUGUGCUUUGCAUUUCGUUAGUAUCAUAUAAGUCUUUUCAUUGUCUUUAGUUCAUGCAUUGGGCCUCUUGUCGUCAGUCUCGUCCGAUUGCAAUACUGUUCUAAAUCCUAAAGAUGCUGGUGUGUCGGCUCCUCAGACGGUUAACGAAGAGAGGACUGGUGGACUUGCUCGGAGUUAGAGCUCCAAGUGUGUGUCUUUCAAGAAUCAAGCAUCACCCCGAGAUCCAGACCUGCACUUUGGAAGAGCAGGAUUCUGCCCGACUGAGCCCUGACUCCUGAAGGCCAUGCUGAAGCAACGGCGGCCCGUCUCCCAGGCGACCGUCGUCGUGGUCGCCAUGGUGCUGAGCCGCCCGCCGCGGUCCUCUCGCUGCUCUGGGCCCCACCUGCGCCUCGGGACCGGACCGGACCGGACCGGACCCACAGAUCAGCUCGGCUGUCUCUUAAUGUGUCGGGUUGCAGGUCUUGACCUGCGGGCUCCAGAGCUCCCGGUCCUGGACCGGAUCGGGUCGAUGGAGCCCGGACCAGAGAGGGGGCGCUUGGGCCCCACUGAGCUGCAGCGCCUCCCAUCAGGCCAUUGAGGCUGAAAGCAGGAGCCCGGCCGGGCAGCCCGAUUCUGAAGUGCUGCUGGCGCACAGAGCAGCGAGUCUGCCGCCGGCCUCUCCCCCUUUGACAAGUGUCCGUUUGUCAGGGCUCCCUUCCCCGUGCGCUGUGCCAGCUCUGCGGACAGCUGACCGCAGCUGGCACAGGGCCAGGGCUCACGCCAGCACACCCGACCGGCCGUGGGCGGAGCUUGGUUCGGCCCGGGAUCACAAAGCCGGACCAGCCUGCACUGAGAACAGGGCCAGCUUGCUUUUCUGAGUGAAUUCUAGCUCUCACUACUGAGUUUGUCAUCACUUGGCGGGCCUGCUCUUCUGCAGCAGCCUGGGCUGGACGUCUCCUCCUUCUCCUCCACUAGAACCAUAUGCGCUUGCAUGAAAUUUCCUUUGUUCUAGACUGAAGAGAUUUAGUUCACUAAGUCUUUAGCUGGUGCUGCUCUGAGACCAGGGGUCAUUCUUCUCGAUCCUUUCUGAACUAAGGCUCUACAGUUCUUUUUGUGGUGUGGUGAUCAAAACUGUCCCCGAGCCUUCGGUCUGGCAGCGUCCCUGUUUCCUUAGGUGUGAACCAUGGGGCAGCAGGUGAUUGGUUGACAGGGUGUUCAGCUGCCCCACCCCCUGCAGACCCUCUGUAUCAGUGAUGCUGUACUUGGCCAGUCCUCCUGGAAAAGCUCUGGCUCCUCAGGGACAUGUCUGCUCGACUGUGUUGCUGUGGCUACCACCUCGGCUGUCCGCUGUCGCUCCUCUCGAUCCCGAGUUCCCAUGGGGCUGCUCCAGCUCCUGACAGCCCAGACUGGCCGUGAUCGUCACCAGUGCUCGUGGCUUCCCUUAGAAAGCGGGGUGGAGCUGUUGACCUGCGCCACCCGGUGUGUGGUGGAAUCCUACUUUUGGAUGUGUGGCUUGGUGGAUCAUUGCCCAUAAAACACUCCAAACCCAGCCGACUUCAAGGCUGAAUGGUUUUCCUUCCUGGCUUUGUAUUGAAAGGUUACACAGUAUCAGCUGCCCUCCGCUCCGCUUAACCAACACUACUACACUACCAGUCUGUACAGCUACGUCCUGAACUCCUUCUACCAGAAUCCUCAGAAGUCUCUUCAGUCCGCUGGAUAACAUCCAAAAUCUGCUAAAGAAACACACUCAGAACUACACAACCCGAUCAAUGUGGAACGCUUUGUAUCAAUAUACCACUCUCCCACUUACUGCUGCGGUGAAACUGUUUACAGAUGUCUUGGA